AUCUCCUAAUCGUUCAACGCCCACCGACUUAGCCAACCACCACCUAACGAUCAAUUCGAUAUCAAUAUGGCUGACGCACCAAGAGGCGGCUCUCGAGGAGGUUUCGGCGACAGAGGCCGUGGAGGAGAUCGCGGACGUGGACGUGGACGUGGACGUGGUCGCGGACGUGGAGGAAACAAGGACGAGGCAAAGGAAUGGCAACCAGUUACCAAACUUGGCCGUCUCGUGAAGGAUGGAAAGAUCAAUUCCAUGGAGGAGAUCUACCUUCACUCUUUGCCCAUCAAGGAGUACCAAAUUGUUGACUUCUUCUUGCCAAAGUUGAAGGAUGAGGUUAUGAAGGUAUGCGAAAUUUACACAUAGUGCUCCUAUGCGACUAUGAAAAUUCGGCAAAUAUGGAUAUUGAUAUGAAUUUCGUCUACAGAUCAAGCCUGUCCAAAAACAAACUCGUGCCGGUCAACGUACCAGAUUCAAGGCCAUCGUUGUCAUCGGUGACUCUGAGGGGCACGUCGGUCUCGGUAUCAAGACCUCCAAGGAAGUCGCAACUGCCAUCCGUGCUGCUAUCAUCAUCGCAAAGUUGUCCGUUGUUCCAAUUAGAAGAGGUUACUGGGGUACCAACUUGGGUACUCCUCACUCUCUCCCAACCAAGGAGAGUGGAAAGUGUGGUUCCGUCUCUGUCAGAGUAAGUAAAUUCUUAAAAUUCUCUCAUUCGACGACUUGCUAAAUUUCUUCCUCUUUUCCAGCUUAUUCCAGCUCCCCGUGGUACCGGUCUCGUAGCAUCCCCAGCUGUCAAGCGUCUCCUCCAACUCGCAGGUGUCGAAGAUGCAUACACUUCCUCUUCCGGUUCGACCAAGACCCUCGAGAACACCUUGAAGGCUACUUUCGUCGCUGCUGCCAACACAUACGGAUACUUGACUCCCAACUUAUGGAAGGAGACCAAGCUCAUCAGAAGUCCUUUGGAGGAAUUCGGUGAUUCUCUCCGUGCUGGCAAGCGUUACUAGGUGUGUUAGUGGGCUUGUGAAAAUGAAUUCUUUAGUUUAUGCAUAUGGGUUUAUAUGGGGUUAAAAGCUAGGGUCUAUAGCUAUGUCUCAAUGAACUGAUUGCCUUCAUUUUGAUUGAAAUGCUACUGUGAUUGUUCUAUAAUAUGAAGUAUGGAAGUAAGGCGCAAACAGAGUAAAGAAUUUUGACUAGGAAGGUGGGAAUAGCAGGUAUGGAGGGUUCUUCCGGGUAUACACCAACUGGGAAGGAGUUCCUAUGAAUCUGGAAAUUGGGGCGGCAUUAGUCGGCAGCUGAGGAAGGAACCGUCCGUUCAAACCCAACAAUAAGAAAAC